AUAAUUCAUAAUUAAAUACAAAAAUCACAUGUGAAAGAUGGGUGAGCCAGAAUAGGUGGCAUCAUACAUAUAUAACUGUGUCUCUUUCUAUCUAUGUAGAAGAAGAAGAAGGGGAAUUCAAAAGCGAAGUUGAGAAAAUGUCAUUCCAGUUGGUUCUUAGACCUCCAUUACUAGGUCGUCAUCUUGUCAAAGCUACACCGAUUGUUGCCACUGGAUAUAGCAGAUUACGUAUUCGGAAUUGCCUCAAUAUGGACCCUCACAAAUCGCAAAAGUUAGUGUUGGAUGUAAAGGAGAGACUUAAAAGGGAAUAUGCAGAUCUCCCUGUUGGAAGAAAUGGAAGAGACGAUGAGGAGAUGAUUCUAUGGUUCUUGAAGGAUCGUAAAUUCUCAGUUGAUGAUGCUGUUUCCAAGCUGCAUAAAGCCAUUAGAUGGCGUCAUGAAUUUGGUGUAUCAGACUUGUCAGAAGAGUCAGUUAAAAAUAGUGCUGAAACUGGAAAAGCAUAUGUGCAUGACAGUUUUGAUGUCAAUGGAAGACCAGUCUUGAUAGUGGACGCAUCAAAGCAUUUUCCUCAGAAGCAGGAUCCCGAUGAAGAUGAGAAGUUAUGUGUCUUUCUAAUUGAGAAGGCAUUGAGUAGACUUCCUGCUGGCAAACAAGAUAUACUUGGUAUAUUUGAUCUGAGAGGGUUUGGAACAGAGAAUGCAGAUCUUAAGUUCCUUACUUUUUUGUUUGAUGUAUUCUACUACUAUUAUCCAAGACGAGUGAGUCAGGUUCUUUUUGUUGACGCUCCUUUUGUGUUCAAACCACUGUGGCAGCUUGUCAAACCCAUGCUCAAGCAAUACGCUUCAUUGGUGAGAUUUUGCUCAGCAAAAGAGGUCAGGGAGGAGUAUUUUACAGAAGAGACACUCCCAGCUAGCUUUAGAAAAUGAAGACAAAGAACACUGUUACACCAAUGGUUUGAUAUACCGUAAAAAUAGAAAAGACAGGUACUUGAUACGUAGAAGCUUGUCCAAGAUGACGAUGACAAGCUCAAUGUUGGAAUAGGCUAGUGAAAUCUUACUCUAGUCGUUCAAAUUUACUUGAAUUGAAGACAAUCUUUCCUAAAUCCCUGUGUUAUAGUUACGAUCAUUUACAACAUUAAUGAUGUAUCCAAAAAAAAGCUCAUACAAUGUAUACUUGGUUCGAUUCAUAUAUACAAUAAAAGUCUCCUUGAAAGUUACUGUUA